GGGCUCCGGGGCGGUGCUCGCGGGAGCUGCUGGGCUGACUGGUGCGCUCAGGUCGGAUACUCCCGGACGCCUGGGCGUGCGGGCCAGCGGUGGGCAGCUAGGAGGGAGCAAGCGAGCGGAGAGUCUAGCGGCGUGCUCUCAGGUCACCGGCGGUGGGCACGAUGAGACCCGGAGAGGAGCGGCCGGUGGACGGGGGCGCCCGCGCAGGCGUCUCCGAGCUGGAGCUGCUGAAGCUGCGCGCCGCGGAGCGCAUUGACGAGGCGGCCGAGCGCCUGGGGGCCCUGAGCCGCGCGAUCUGGAGCGAGCCCGAGCUGGCCUACGAGGAGCACCGGGCCCACGGCGUGCUGACCCGCUUCUUCGAGUGCGAGCCUCCGGUCGCCUCGUGGACCGUGCAGCCGCACUACCACCUGGCCACGGCCUUCCGCGCCGAGUGGGGGUCGCCGGGGGCCGGCGCGACGCCGCGGCCGCUGCAGCUGGGCUUCCUCUGCGAGUACGACGCGCUGCCCGGCAUCGGGCACGCCUGCGGCCACAACCUGAUCGCCGAGGUCGGGGCGGCGGCCGCACUGGGAGUGAAGGGGGCUCUGGAGAGCCUCCCCGGACCGCCUCCGCCGGUGAAGGUAAUUGUCCUGGGAACCCCUGCAGAAGAAGAUGGUGGUGGCAAAAUUGACUUAAUUGAAGCAGGGGCUUUUAAAAAUCUUGAUGUUGUUUUCAUGGCCCACCCAUCCCAAGAGAAUGCUGCUUACCUACCCGAUGUGGCGGAACAUGACAUGACUGUAAAGUACUAUGGAAAAGCCUCCCAUGCCGCUGCGUAUCCCUGGGAAGGAUUAAAUGCCUUGGAUGCUGCCGUUCUCGCCUACAACAAUCUGUCUGUGUUGAGACAGCAAAUGAAACCAACCUGGAGAGUCCAUGGCAUAAUAAAAAAUGGUGGUGUAAAACCCAAUAUCAUUCCCUCUUAUUCCGAAUUAAUCUAUUACUUCCGUGCACCCUCAAUGAAAGAACUUCCAGUUUUGACCAAAAAGGCAGAAGAUUGCUUCAGAGCUGCAGCUUUGGCUACUGGGUGUACAGUAGAAAUAAAAGGUGGAGCCCAUGAUUAUUACAAUGUUCUUCCCAAUAAGAGCCUGUGGAAAGCUUAUAUUGAAAAUGGAAAAAAACUGGGAAUAGAAUUUAUUUCAGAAGAUGCAAUGCUGAAUGGCUCUUCAGGAUCUACUGAUUUUGGAAAUGUCACUUUUGUGGUUCCUGGGAUUCAUCCAUAUUUUUACAUUGGAACUGAUGCCUUGAAUCAUACAGAACAAUACACUGAAGCUGCAGGUUCACAAGAAGCUCAGUCUUACACUUUACGUACCGCCAAGGCUCUGGCAAUGACUGCAUUGGAUAUUAUUUUUAAACCAGAGUUGCUAGAGAGAAUCAAAGAGGACUUCAAGUUGAAACUUCAAGAAGAAGGGUUUUCAAAUACAGUAGAAUAAAAGGAAGAUCUAAGAGCCACUUAUGGAUCACUGAGAAGUAAUGAUUUUUUUCUUUAAUCUUUUUUAAUGAUGGAGGAAGGCAUCCUUAAUUUUUAGUGUUAAGGGAUUCAAAUUCCUCUUACCUGAAACGUGAAAACAUGAUGUAGAGAAAACACAUGACCUCAUACCUAAAAUGAAAGUUUUCAGGGGUGCCUGGCUGGCUCAAUCAGUAGAGCAUGUGACUCCUGAUCUCAGGGUCAUGAGUUUGAGCCCCACACUAGGCGUAGAGUUUAUUUUAAAAAAUUAAUUUAAAUAAAUAAAAUGAAGAUUUUCACACA